GGAUGCCUUAUCCUAUCUGGAUCAGGUAAAAAUUCGUUUUGGCAGUGAUCCAGCGACAUAUAACGGUUUCCUGGAGAUUAUGAAGGAGUUUAAGUCUCAGAGUAUUGACACUCCCGGUGUUAUCCGCCGUGUUUCCCAGUUGUUCCAUGAGCAUCCGGAUUUAAUGCUGGGCUUUAAUGCAUUUUUACCACUUGGCUAUAAAAUUGAGCUUCCAAAAAAUGGCAAACUGGUGGUACAGACAUCAUUGUCCAGUCCGGUAUCUUCUGAUGCAGCCACCAGCAGCUUACCUAGCACUCGUGUAGUAGUUCCUCCUGUGCCUGAAAAUUCACUUAGUGAGGCAGCCCAGGAACCUCGGCCACAUGAUAAGGAGAAGACUCAGGCUCCACCAGAAUCUGAUUCACUGGAGUUUCAUAAUGCCAUCAGUUAUGUCAAUAAAAUCAAAACCCGAUUCCUCGAUCGGCCUGAGAUCUAUCGGUCGUUUUUGGAAAUUCUCCAUACUUACCAGAAGGAUCAACUAAAUCCAAAAGGCCGUCCAUUUCGUGGCAUGUCUGAGGAGGAGGUGUUCACAGAAGUAGCCAAUCUAUUCCGUGGACAGGAGGAUUUACUUUCUGAAUUUGGCCAGUUCCUUCCAGAGGCAAAGCGAUCGCUGUUCACUGGAAAUGGAGCAUGUGACCUUAGUAGUGCCAGAAAACUGGAGUACCAGCGGAACCUGGAGCAAAGUCGGAAACGGUCAAGAUCUCUCUUAUUACGUCCUAUGUCUUGCCCUUCCAAGAAAAAGAUGAAGAUGCGAAAGUCCAAGGACCCGUCAGUGGCAAGCGUAGGAAAGUAUGGUACACUGCAGGAAUUCUCCUUCUUCAGUAAGGUUCGCCGCGUAUUGAAGAGCCAGGAAGUUUAUGAGAAUUUUCUACGAUGUAUCGCCCUCUUCAACCAAGAACUUGUAUCUGGUUCAGAGCUUUUGCAGCUGGUCACGCCGUUUUUGGGAAAGUUUCUAGAGCUCUUUGCUCAAUUUAAGUCUUUCUUGGGAGUUAAAGAACUCUCCUUUGCCUCACCGGUAACCAAUGAUCGUUCUAAUGAAGGCAUAGGACGUGAGAUUGAUUACGCCUCCUGUAAACGAAUCGGUUCCAGCUACAGAGCACUUCCUAAGACCUAUCAGCAACCAAAAUGCAGUGGUAGGACUGCUGUCUGCAAAGAGGUAUUAAAUGAUACCUGGGUGUCUUUUCCUGCAUGGUCUGAGGACUCUACUUUUGUCAGCUCUAAGAAGACCCCAUAUGAAGAGCAACUUCACCGUUGUGAGGAUGAGAGGUUUGAGCUGGACGUUGUGUUGGAGACCAAUUUGGCAACAAUCCGUGUCCUGGAAAGCGUCCAGAAGAAACUCUCUCGCAUGUCCACUGAAGAUCAGGAAAAGUUUCGACUUGAUGAUUGCUUAGGUGGGACAUCUGAAGUUAUCCAACGACGUGCUAUCUACCGAAUUUAUGGGGACAAAGCCCCUGAUAUCAUAGAGAGCCUCAAGAAAAACCCAGUCACUGCAGUACCAGUUGUGCUAAAGAGAUUGAAAGCAAAAGAAGAAGAGUGGAGGGAAGCUCAGCAGGGAUUUAACAAGACUUGGCGGGAACAGUAUGAGCGGGCAUACCUAAAAUCUCUAGACCACCAGGCUGUCAACUUCAAGCAGAAUGACACCAAGGCUCUGCGCUCUAAGAGUCUGCUCAAUGAGAUUGAAAGUGUCUAUGAUGAGCACCAGGAACAGCAACCAGAAGGCAGGACGACCACAUCCAGUGGACCACACCUCAUUUACACAUAUGAAGACUGGCAGAUUCUGGAGGAUGCCGCAUCAUUGAUCAGCUACUAUGUGAAAAGGCAGCCGGCAAUUCAAAAGGAAGAUAAAGACACUAUCCGGCAAGUCCUACAUCAGUUCAUCCCCGAGUUGUUUUUCUCCUCCUCCUCUACUUCCUGUCAGUCCUUACUCAGCACCACCACUGAAGAAGCGCCAACAGAAACAGUCACAGAACCUUCUGUAACAGAGCUUCCUGAACGCCGGAGAAAAGCCCCAAACCCUCCUGGAGUAACACCAGAACCAGAACCAACUACCCCAACCCGCUCACCCCCUGAGCCUCCACCUAAGACAACUGAAGAAAUGUACAGCUUAUUCUUCACAAAUAAUAACUGGUAUUUCUUCUUUCGGCUGCAUCACACAUUGUGCUCCCGGCUUCUAAGGAUCUAUCGCCAGGCACAGAUUCAAUUGCUGGAAUAUCGGACUGAGAAGGAGCGGGAGAAAUUGCUGUGUGAGGGCAAGAAAGACAAGUCUAAUGGGCCUGCCAUGGAGCUCCGGUUAAAACAGCCCAGCGAGGUGGAGUUAGAAGAGUAUUAUCCUGCAUUCUUAGACAUGGCGAGGAACCUUCUUGUUGGAAAUCUAGACCCCACACAUUAUGAGGACACACUACGGGAAAUGUUCACUAUACAUGCUUACAUUGGCUUCACAAUGGACAAGCUGAUCCAAAACAUCACACGGCAGCUCCACCAUCUGGUGAGUGAUGAGAUCUGCUUGAAAGUGGUGGAGCUGUACCUGACUGAGAAAAAGAGGGGAGCUGCAGGAGGAAGUCUGGUCACCCAGUGUGUCCGCACAGCAAAGGAAACCAGUUAUCAGUGGAAAGCAGAACACUGCAUGGCAGAUGAGAAUUGCUUCAAGGUGAUGUUUCUGCAGAGACAGGGCCAGGUAAUAAUGACAAUUGAACUGCUUGACACAGAAGAUGUGCAGACAGAGGAUCCCGCUGAAGUGCAGCACUUAUCCAAUUACAUGGAGCAGUUCAUUGCUGUGGAAGGAGAACAACACAACCAUAAUGAGGGAUUUGUUCUGAAGCCAGUGCUUUUGCAGAGGAAUAUCAGACAUUUUCAAAGAUGGCAGUGCAGGACAAUGCGGAUGAUGAAAGAUGAAGUGAAAAGCUCAUGGAAAAGAUUGAUGGGAGUAGAAAGUGCCAGCAAUAUGGAUUGCCGUUUCAGGCUCAAUAGUCACAAAAUGAUGUUUAUAGUAAACUCUGAAGAUUACAUGUACCGCUGGGGAACACUAACCAGAGCCAAAGAGUUUCAGCCUAUGGUCUUCCAGAAGCACCAUGAGAAAUUUGCUGCCUGGCACAAGAGCUGGUUACAAGAAAAUGUCAAUCCCAGGGCAGCAGAAUUGGUACAGGACUGGUUGACUGGUGAAGAAGAUGAAGAGAUGGUUCCCUGCAAGACAAUAUGUCAGGUUUCUGAGGUUCAUGGCAUGACAGUCACCAGAUACAGAGUGCAGUACACACGACGGGCAUCCUCUCCCUAACAUACGCACACCAAUCCCCUGUCUGCAUUUGCUGCUCAAUAACUUUUUUACAGGGCUUUUUUUUUCUUUUUUUGCUGUACUUCGAGGGGUGCCUGACUGACACUAGACAACGGUUAAUACCAGUGCCAUUAUUGCUCAGUUUUGUACUGUGGACUCUGUAAAUGAACGUUCACCCUCUGACACACCAUUGUCAAAUAUGGGGUGAAAAAAGCCUUCAAAUGUUCUAAAACGCGUACUCACUGUUAAGUCGCCAAACCCAGCAACCUGUCAGGAGAAAUACAACUGAAAUUUUGUCUACACAAUUACUAAUGAAGUGAUUUAUUACAUUUAAUAGCUAUUGUUGGUGUCAGUUACCCCAUGUCUGGGCAUUUUGAUUUGAAUUAAAAGUAAAUCACAGUGCUUGGAGAAUUGCCACCUUUGUAUUUAAAAAAACAAACAAACUGUAAAUGAAAAUUGCUGUCCAUUUAAGACUGUAGGGUAUUAACCAAGCUGAAGAAACUCAUGGAUUUCCGUGAGUACCAUUUAUCAAACCGCCUGAAAAGGUUAACUGUGGUUCAUGAAGUUAAAGCACUUGGAAUGAUCUAGGAUCUGAACUAGUAUUACCUGUUUCCCCUAAACCUUUGUUCUGGUCUGGCACUGUCCACACAGUAUUUCAGUCCCAGGAAUUCUGAGAAUGACUGGUUUGAACGGUUUGGUUAUAUGUUUAUGGUAUUCAAUAAUGCCACAAAUCUAUUUUGUUUUGUCUAUACUGACCCACAUAAAACUUAUAUUAAAUAAAUCAAGUGCUGUAAAAUGA